AUGGCCUCCCUUCUUGCUGGGCUGGAAACUCCACUUCUCAAAGUCAGCCGGCCAGUGGCAGCAUGCUCUAGGUGCCGCACAGCCAAAAUAAAAUGUGACGGCAAACUUCCUGCUUGCUCUGCCUGCGAACGUGCUGGUAAAGCCUCUACUUGCCCCGGAGCAACCGAUGAAUUUGCCAAGGGAAAGGAACGGAGCUAUGUGGCCGCUCUCGAAGGCCAGUGUGAACGGCUAGAGAAAGAAAUUGCGGAAGCGAAACGUCGUCGACAGAAAUCUAUCUUAGAAGGGGCUCCAUUGAUGGACAGGAGCGGCAACGCGAUGCAGGUAAUCUCUCAAAGUAGGAAAAAAGCUCAUCUCAAAGAGGCUUCCGAUAUUGAUGAUCUGGUAGGGGAUUUUGGCUUUCUAUCUGUCAACGCAACUUCGAGGGAUUUUCAUGGAAUCACCUCUUCAACGUCUUUUGCAGGGCUCCUUUUAGCAGUAGCUGUGGCAAAGCCAUUACAGAAUACAGCUGAAAGCAGGGACCUCCCGCCACGUGCAGAAUCUUCUACUGUUGUUCAAUAUUACCUCGACAAUAUCUAUGUUCUAACCCCCUUUUUUAUACAAACUAGCUUUUGGGCUUCAUUUGAUGUGGUAUAUCAGGAAGGGGGCCGGUUCGCCAAAAGCUUUGAUCAUUGGAUUGUACAUCUUGUUCUUGCUAUCUCUCGGGCUUCAACAUCGCAUUCUCAAUUGGCGAGACACCACGUUUCGAUAGCACUAAGAUAUGCUGAAGACGUUCUUCAUCCUGGAGUGAUUGUUGGCAUUCAAGCCAUCUUAUUGCUAGCACAAUAUUCAAUGCUUGAUCCUGAGCAUUUCAGACCUUGGUACUUGGUCGGGAGUGCCGCCAGAGUGGUAUCUGAUCUUGGGAUCCACCAAGAGCAACUCUCAGAAACAAACAUUGAUGAAUGUUUGGUAGACCUUCGGCGCAGGGUGUUUCAUUGCGUCCAUUCUUUGGAUAGAUAUUUAAGUAUCGCAAUUGGAAGAGCAUGCUCGUUCUCGGAUGACUCGGCAAAUGUUCCUCUUCCAGAACUUCCACCACAAUCGGGUGAACGAAUACCUAACUUGAACACUCCUCUAUUUGCAAAUAGAAUCGAGCCAGCCAUUCACCUGUUCAAAAUCCGUAGUAUCCAAUCAAAAGCAUAUCACACGGUGUUUUUUAGUGGCCGGGAUCCCGCCCUGGACCGUUCCUUGUAUAUAUGGGAGCUCUGCGCAGAAGCUCAAAGCUGGUUCAGUGCAAUACCUAAAACGGUGCAAACCCAUCUCAUGAUAUUUUAUCAUUUGGAGCUUCUCUACACCUUUGUUAUCCUUCUCUCCCCAUCAACUCACAACCCGCUCGUAAGCACACUGCAUCGCGUCCUAUUAUUCGAAUACACCAUCAAAUUCAUCACACAAAUGCACCAAAUAGUCAACGCCGUCAAAUGGCCACUGGCUCUCUCCUACGUCGAUAUUCAACGAGUGUCGACGGUCGCGAGCAAAUUUCUAGACGCCACCAACCAGGCCUAUGACGAAAUACUUUUUGGCACUUUUCCUGAACCACCCAUAUCCAUGUCUCUGGGAGCACACCAUCCUCCGUAUAUACGUCCAGCAGAUCGAACCGAUUCCGUUGGCCGGGCGCUGAGAUGCCUAUUUGAAAUCCGAUCUAUUUUGGAAUAUGCCCAUUCCCGCUGGAAUGUGCGGACAUUGUUGGACGAAUUCCAGACAUCUUCCGGGUGUCUGGAAAAGAGGCUAUUACAGAGCCAAGCUCAGGAUCACCGACCACUUUUGAAUCUAGUUCCGCCUGCUUCUCCUAUCUUUCCCAACCAAGCGUAUCCCAUGUACCCAAUUCCACCAACAUAUAUGCUGCAGCAGCGACAGGAUCUACCUCCUCCCCCCUCUAAUUUGCAUAUACAAAAUGGCCAUCAGAGAUACUGA